AUGCAUUCAUUCAUUUUGGCCGCUCCGGCCAUGCUUUACCUGGCCAGCAUCGCCGCGGCUUUCCCAGGCGGCAGCUGGUCUUCCUCAUCAACCACCGGCGACAGCUGGGGUGGCUCCUCGAGUAUCAACAGUCGCUGGGGCAUCUCCUCUACCACGGUUGCCACCUGGAGCACCUCCUCUUCCGCGUCAAGUGAGAUAACUUCCGUUACUAGCUCUACGCAGGCGUCGCCUACCAGCUCCUCUUCCCAACAUACCAAGCCUGUCAGGGUACGAGAGCUCUACGAGCUCGCCCUCUCCCAGCAGUGCAGGACCGACCAUGCGGUCCUGUUACGAUUGCAACGAGCGAAUAUACCAUUACUGGGACUAGACCCUACCCUACGGUACGCCCGUGCUACUGUGAAGAGCGAGGUCACUACUACUGUUACCAGCCCAUACUCGUACGAGACAACCACUUGCGACUCCAUCACGUUGGCCAGCGUCAGUCAAGAGACUUCGGUGUCCUAUACUGAGAGCGUCCACACGUGGACCAAGAAACUCCCGGUGACAUUGACAUCCCAGACCACUGUCUAG